AUGGGGCUGCAGGUGGAGGCCCGGCUAGCCCACAGACCGUCCUCAGAGGUGGGCAGCUGGCCGGAGCGGGAGGAGGGCACGGUCCCCACCACGCCCGCGCCGCCGCAGCUGGCACCCUUCACCUCGCAGCCCUGGGUGGCCCACACGCUCCCGCAGGGGCCCGGCCCCCAGGAGCCCGCUGCGCCCCGGGACGCCCACGAGGCCACCCCCGACGACGCCAGCACCGUGACCCUGAUGGACAAGGGCGACAACGAGCUGACAGGCUCGGCCUCCGAGGACAGCCAGGAGACCACCACGUCCACCAUCGUCACCACCACGGUCAUCACCACCGAGCAGGCGCCAGCCCUCUGCAGCGUGAGCUUCUCCGACCCCGAGGGCUACAUCGACUCCAGCGACUACCCACCGCUGCCCUUCAACAGCUUCCUGGAGUGCACCUACAACGUGACCGUCUACACCGGCUACGGGGUGGAGCUCCAGGUGAAGAGCGUGAACCUGUCUGAGGGGGAGCUGCUGUCCAUCCGCGGCGUGGACGGCUCCACCCUGACGGUCCUGGCCAACCAGACGCUCCUGGUGGAGGGGCAGGUGAUCCGAAGCCCCACCAACACCAUCUCCGUCUACUUCCGGACCUUCCAGGACGACGGGCCCGGGACCUUCCAGCUGCACUACCAGGCCUUCAUGCUCAGCUGCAACUUCCCCCGCCGGCCCGACUCCGGGGACGUCACCGUGAUGGACCUGCACUCGGGCGGGGUGGCCCACUUCCACUGCCACCUGGGCUAUGAGCUGCAGGGCGCCAAGACGCUGACCUGCAUUAACGCCUCCAAGCCCCACUGGAGCAGCCCGGAGCCCGUCUGCUCAGCCCCCUGCGGAGGAGCCGUGCACAACGCCACCAUCGGCCGCGUCCUCUCCCCGAGUCACCCCGCCAACGCCAACGGAAGCCAGUUCUGCGUGUGGACCAUCGAGGCCCCCGAGGGCCAGAAGCUGCACUUGCACUUCGAGAGGCUCUCGCUGCAUGACAAGGACAGGAUGGCCGUCUACAGCGGGCCAACCAACGCCUCCGCCCUCCUGUACGACUCCCUCCGCGCCGAGAGCGUCCCCUUUGAGGGUCUGCUGAGCCACGCCAACAGCAUCCGCAUCGAGUUCACGUCCCACCAGGGCCCCGCGGCCACCGCCUUCAACAUCCGCUUUGAGGCCUUCGAGAAGGGCCACUGCUACGAGCCCUACCUGCAGAACGGGAACUUCACCACGUCCGACCCCACCUACAACAUCGGGACCGUGGUGGAGUUCAGCUGCGACCCCGGCCACUCCCUGGAGCAGGGGCCCGCCAUCAUCGAGUGCAUCAAUGUGCGAGACCCCUACUGGAAUGAGCUUCCUGAGCUCUGUCAAGCCAUGUGUGGCGGGGAGCUGUCAGCCGUGGCUGGGGUGGUGCUGUCUCCAAACUGGCCAGAGCCCUACGCGGAGGGCGAAGACUGCGUCUGGAAGAUCCACGUGGGGGAAGAGAAGCGCGUCUUCCUGGACAUCCAGUUCCUGAACCUCAGCAACAGUGACAUCCUGACCAUCUACGAUGGCGACGAGGUCACGCCCCACAUCCUGGGGCAGUACCUUGGGAACACCGGCCCCCAGAAACUCUACUCCUCCACACCGGACCUGACCAUCCAGUUCCACUCGGACCCUGCCGGCCUCAUCUUUGGAAAGGGUCAGGGAUUUAUCAUGAACUACAUAGAGGUUUCAAGGAACGACUCCUGCUCCGACCUGCCCGAGAUCCAGAACGGCUGGAAGACCACGUCGCACACGGAGCUGGUGAGGGGGGCCAGGAUCACGUACCAGUGUGACCCGGGCUACGACAUCGUGGGCAGCGACACCCUCACCUGCCAGUGGGACCUCAGCUGGAGCAGUGACCCCCCGUUCUGCGAGAAAAUCAUGUACUGCACCGACCCGGGGGAGGUGAACCACUCGACCCGGCUGAUCUCGGACCCCGUGCUGCUGGUGGGCACCACCAUCCAGUACACCUGCAACCCGGGCUUCGUGCUGGACGGCAGCUCGCUCCUCACCUGCUACAGCCGCGAGACCGGGACGCCCAUCUGGACCUCCCGCCUGCCCCACUGCGUCUCGGAGGAGUCCCUGGCGUGUGACAACCCAGGGUUGCCUGAAAAUGGAUACCAGAUCCUGUACAAGCGACUCUACCUGCCCGGCGAGUCCCUCACCUUCAUGUGCUACGAAGGCUUCGAGCUCAUGGGCGAAGUGACCAUCCGGUGCAUCCUGGGACAGCCAUCCCACUGGAACGGGCCCCUGCCUGUCUGUAAAGUUAAUCAAGACAGUUUUGAACACGCUUUAGAAGCAGAAGCGGCAGCAGAGUCGUCGCUGGAAGGCGGGAACGUGGCCCUGGCCAUCUUCAUCCCGGUCCUCCUCAUCUCCUUGCUGCUGGGCGGAGCCUACAUUUACGUCACCAGGUGCCGCUAUUACUCGAGCCUCCGCCUGCCCCUCAUGUACUCCCACCCCUACAGCCAGAUCACCGUGGAGACCGAGUUUGACAACCCCAUUUAUGAGACGGGGGUGAGUUGCUCCCCCUUCCCGCCUCCUGUCCCCCCACCUGCAGCUGGUGGAGGCACAUCCAGUGGCCUUGUCCUGUUCCUGCCAAGUCCCCUGCUGAGCUGACCAGCUCUGUCUGCA